AUGACUGAGAAUAAAAGCAAAUCAGAAAAACUUUUCCAAGAAAUUGGAGAGAUUGUUGAAGAAGAAGAUGACACAAAACCUACAGAAAUUGAAAGUUAUUGCAUGAAUUGCGAACAAAACGGAAUUACAAAAUUAUUAUUAACAAGGAUUCCACAUUGGAGGGAUAUUGUGAUCAUGAGUUUUGAUUGUGAGCAUUGCGGCUUCAGUAAUAAUGAAGUUCAAUUUGCAGGAGUAAUUGCUGAGAAAGGUUGUGAGUACACAUGUGAAAUUAACAAUAAAGAUGAUCUUAAUCGUCAACUGGUGAAAUCAGAAUCAGCAUCUAUCAAACUUCGAGAACUUGAUCUAGAGAUACCUGCAACCACAAAACGAGGACGUUUAACCACGAUUGAAGGAGUAAUAACUAGUAUAAUUGAAGAUUUAUCAUCAGGACAGCCUGAUAGAAAGCUUAAUGAUGAAGAUAUAUAUAAUAAAAUUGAAGCUAUAAUAAAUAAACUUCAUGGUUAUUUGGAUAACAAAGAAAAUUUUUCUAUAUCAGUUGAUGAUCCUAGUGGAAACAGUUAUAUCGAAAAUUUGGCUGCACCUAAUCCAGAUCCCAAACUCCAUAUUCAACAUUAUAAUCGAACGCGUGAAAUGAAUGUUGCAUUGGGAUUAACAAUUCCUGAUGAAACUUGUGAAGCUCGUAACGAUGAUAAUGAUGAAGUUGUUCCAGAAGUUAUGUCAUUCCCUGCUAAUUGUUCAUAUUGCAACGCGCCUAGCGACACGAAAAUGCAUAUUAUAAAUAUUCCACAUUUCAAGGAAGUGGUGAUAAUGUCAACUACAUGUGAUUCAUGUGGUUACAAGUCAAACGAAGUCAAAGCUGGUGGUCCAAUUGCACCUAAGGGUAAAAAAAUUACCCUCAAGAUGGAGGAUAUUGAAGACUUAUCACGUGACAUACUCAAGUCAGAAACAUGUAGUUUAUUAAUUCCCGAGAUUGAACUUGAACUUCGCUCAGGCACACUUGGAGGACGAUUUACUACAGUUGAGGGAUUAUUACGACAGGUUCAUGAAGAACUUCAAGACAAAGUUCCAUUUGUUAGUGGGGAUAGUGUAGAAGAUGAACGUAAAGUGACAUUUGAAAAAUUUUUGACCAAAUUAAAUAAAGUAAUUACAGGAGAAGCUUUGCCAAUUCAUUUGGUGCUUGAUGAUCCACUUUCCAAUUCAUAUUUACAAAAUCUUUAUGCACCAGAUCCGGAUCCGAACAUGCAAAUAGAAAUAUAUGAGAGAAGUUGGGAACAAAAUGAAUUUCUUGGAUUAAAUGACAUUGUAGUGGAUAAUUGUGAAGGUUGA